ACCAUGCUUUUACAGAUCUGUCGAGUUUCAUCUUCACUGCAUUGAUGAAUCCCCCCGACAAACUCAAAUACAAUGAACAACGGCAGUUUACAACAGCGAUGCGGACCGUUGCUUGGGGAAAAAUAUUGAAUACCAAGUAACAUGGGUGAAGGUAAUUGGCGAAGAGGCGUAAAGCUCCAGUUCAAGUAAACCUUCACGGUGAGUAGAAGAGGGUGGAUGCUAGCUUGCUAGCUUACAACGCUCGACAGCUUUGCUAGCUUACUUGCUAGCUUCAAAUGGUGUUCAAGUGAGAAUAUUCGGUUACUUGCGAUUAUUUAAAUGUCAUAACACCUCGUUACUGUUGGAAAAAAACGUUUAAAAAAUAAAUUUCAUGUUUGACAAUGAGCUCGUCGUCUCAGCACGAUGAAAAGAAAUGCACUGUUCACUUUGCAACCUUAUCAAAACGCCCUUGUUGGGCGCUAUGGUCUUUCUUUCAUAAAGAUUAAAUCUUUUAUAUAGUAGAUUGUAGUCAAAUUUUCUCUUGGAAAAUUUAAAUUUGAUGUAAAUGGCGCCCCUGCUGACUUGAGGUUUAAUUUGAGACGUGGUGCGUUCUGUCGUCAUAAGUGAAUAAUGUUAACUCGUUUUGCAAGAAAGGUAUUUACUUUGUUCGUAUUUUCUUCGCCCUUAAGCACAUGCUUGAUCAAACAAUAAUUAUUAAUGUGUGAAGAAAGGCAUGGCAAUUGUUCAACUAAUGUUGGUAUUGCUGUAAAACAAAAACUGGAAAGAGCUUGAAAAAUCGAAGAAAUUGCAUCUAAAUGUUGUGAAUGUUUUAAUUAAAGAAGGUAUGACAUUUUAAGUACUUCUAAAAGCGGACAAAAGUGACUGCUUGUUUCAAAAUCAGAACAAUAGUGUCUGUAAGUUUUUAUGGAAAGAAAAUGAAGCUGCGACCUUGAAGCCUCACACUUUGCGUAAGUGGUGGACCAAAUUAUAAAAGAGACGCACCACAAUAAAAUGUAUGAUGUCACAAGCUGAGUAACACUAAAGUUAAUGAGUUAAUUCUGUUAACCCUCUUUUGAGCAGACUCGGACAUGAUCACACAAAAAUGGGGUCUCGAGUAAUGGCAGCACUAGGUCCCUUGUCAUCAUAUAUAUACACAAAAUAAAAAGAACGAAUGUGAAAAGAAUUUCUUCUUGGACAAAAAUGAUCUCUAAUACCAAACAUGAAAUGAGCAGUCAAAAGGCAGAGGAUGCCUGGUCCAUCUGUUUUUGUUGCUUCCUCGCUGACACUAUUUUCUCAUAUAGUUUUAUCCAUGAGGCAAGACUCUCAAGGAAAAAUCAAUUGGCACUUGGGAGGGCAUACUGUGCCUCAGAAAUUUCUCACGUGUGACUGCUUGUGCAAAACGGGAAGGCGUGCUGAAGAAAUGUUUAAGGCAAAUAUUUCGGUGAUUGCCUCCCUCGGGGCUCCUUUCAUGUCGCACACAAAACUAUGUGUCAGUGAUUCCACACUUGGUCUUUGUUUGUCAGCGGGAAUUAAACUCACUAGCUGCUACUUUUUUUUGCGGGGGUGGGGGUCAUCAAAUGGGUCAGAAAAGCAGCUACCUAAGGUGAUAACACUGAUGUGCUUUACACUAUAGUAACCAUGAAAACAAAAAAAUGCCACACUGAUGAAUGAAUUCAAACUUAUCAAUAGAUUUGAUUAAUUACCCAGCCCUAAUGUGACGUUUUGGUUAAAUGGUGCGCUCUUUGCCAGACUGCCUGUGGCUGCAUAACUACUUUGGGCUUAUGCACAGCUUUGAUAAGCUAUCGGCAAAGGCCCAGUAAGUGACUGCGCCUUAGCUACUGCGCUUUUGUGUUGUGUUGCACUAAUAACAUGCAGAAACAAUUCAACAAAUGACAGUUGUUUUUCUUGCUUCUAUCCUUUAUCUUUGUUUGUGUUGCAACGGGAACAGAAAAAAAAUUGCGAUUCUCAAACAGGGCCCCCCCCCAUGAUCCUAAAGGCCAUUAAACAUAACUACCAUGUAAUCGGUUGAAGAGCAUAAUUACUGCAGAUAUUUUUGAAAUUUUAGUAAACAAAAAAAACCCAAAAUUUACAAACAAGAUCUUAAUAAUCAAUAAUCGUUAUGUCUUAUAUUUUAUAUUUCAUUCUGUACUGUGUACAGUUCACUUGUAAAUUUAUUUUUGUGCAUGCAAAUACUUUGUUUUUCUACUUUAUUUCUUUCAGAAUCUUGCAGCUGUAAAUUGCAAAUUUCUCCAUUGUGAGACAAAUAAAGGUUUUCUUAUCUUCUUAUGAUCUGAGAACCUACACAAAAAUAAGGGGGAAAAACAUUUGGUAUACAUUUCUAUUUUUUUAUUGAUACUGUGAGUGUCAAGUCAAAGUUUAAAGAGGGAAAAGUCAUAUUUUUAACAAGAUAAUAAAUACAAAUAAUGAUUACAAAUGUAACUUUAUCCUCAUAUUUACUCGCCCCUCACAUAAAAUGUAAAUAUAAAACAAAAAAAAGAACUGAACUUUCUUCCUUUAAUAUCCCCUUUGUUAAAAACUAAAAGCAACACUUUAUUCUUGCAGCAUGGUCAGAUUUAUAUAAUGAACAACAUUGGACUUUGAUGCCUUAUUUCUGUACCUCACAGUCAUAUCAGAGCUUUUACAUCACCUGGCUGAAAAGUAUGGUGGGCACGAUGGCGGAGCGGGCCGCCGGUAGCACGUCGGCCAUCUCUCCAGUGCAGCAGAUGCUGGCCUCUGGCACUGGAGCCCUCCUCACGUCCGUUUUUGUCACGCCUCUGGAUGUGGUGAAGAUCAGGCUGCAGGCCCAGCAGAGUCCCCUCCAUCAAGCUGUAACAAAUGACGCGGCUUCUUGGGCUGGUGUCACUCACCCCUCCAAGUGGAGGUGCUUCCUGUAUUGUAAUGGCUUGAUGGAUCACAUCUACGUGUGUCAGAAUGGAAGCAACUGCACCAGCUGGUACAAGCCGCAAUCACAUUUCAGCGGCACUCUGGAUGCUUUUGUGAAAAUCUCUCGUCACGAAGGACUCAAGUCUCUGUGGAGCGGACUCCCACCCACGCUCGUCAUGGCCGUGCCCGCCACCGUCAUCUACUUCACCUGCUACGACCAGCUGCGGGACUUCCUGCGUUUCGGCCUGGGUUUCCAAGGCAACCACAUCCCACUCCUGGCAGGAGGCCUCGCCAGAUUGGGUGCCGUGACGGUCAUCAGUCCACUGGAGUUGAUCAGGACCAAGAUGCAGUCCCGCCACCUGACGUACGGCGAACUGCGCGUUUGCAUCCGCAGCGCUGUGGCCCAGGGUGGUCUGAUGUCACUGUGGCGCGGCUGGGGACCCACCGUGCUCAGAGAUGUUCCCUUCUCGGCAAUUUACUGGUUCAACUACGAGCUGGUGAAAGCCCGCCUCUGUCAACGAUCCCAAAUCCCACAGGCCAACUUCGCCAUCAGCUUCACCGCAGGCGCCGUCUCGGGAACGAUCGCCGCCAUCUUGACGCUGCCCUUUGACGUGGUGAAGACUCGGAGACAGAUCCAGCUGGGAGAGAUGGAUGCGCUCGGAGCCCCGCUGAAGAAAACUGUGUCCACCUGGCGCAUCAUGAGGGACAUUUGGAGUGAGGUGGGCUACCGGGGGCUCUUUGCAGGUUUCAUGCCCAGGGUGAUUAAAGUGGCACCAGCCUGUGCCGUCAUGAUCAGCACUUAUGAGUUCGGAAAGGCGUUCUUCCAGAAAGUCAACCGGGAUCGCGAGCCUGUGGCAUCCUAAAGGGGCGGCUGGAAUAUCUCUGGGAGACUUUUUUUUUUUACAUUCGCCAUUUGGAUGAAGUUAAUGUUCAAACUGAAAUGGCGCUUUUUUUUUUUAAACACAAUUCAAUUUUACGUGUGUCCUAUUGGGGUUCACGGUUGGUGUGAGUUCCGAACCACAUUGUACUGAUUAUAGGAUCCUAUUUUACAUUUAUGGACAAGUAGUUGUUUGAUGUCAACAACGGUCAAGAAGCUGCAUUUGUGACGCAAUGCCACAACGCCAUGACGAAAAAUUGCAUGAGCAAAGAAGCAUGACCAAGCUGCUGAAGAUGCAUGGACAUCGAAUCAUUCAUCGAUUCAGUCAUUCAUUCCUUUAGUGAGGGGCUCAGUGUUGUAAGCUUCCUGGCCUGUAUCCAGGGAAACAUUUUGGACUUGACAUUUUCAAUGCACCAUUGGACUCAUGUAGCACUUACAGUUUUUAUGAAUGCCCUCAAACACAAAUGACCACAUUUUUAACUCACAAAGCUGCUGGCCUCUCUUCCGUUCUUACAGUUGGAGCAAAGCCAUAGGACAUGACAGAAUCCAAACAAAAAAGAAAAUGGACUUUUGCGCAAUUUGCAAACAAUGUCUGUCAAAACCUUGGGAUUUUCCAGACCAGAUGUUUCUUACAACACUGCUUUAAAGUAUAAUUAUCUUGCCUUAAGGUGGAAUGUUUCAUUUUUUUCAAUACAUUAAAUGGUAUCAUGAUGGCA